AUGUCGAACGCGGGCCACCCCGAGGCCCGAGCAGCGCUCGCCGCAGCCCUCCCGAGCCUCGCCGCCGGCCUUCCGCCAGCCCCCGUCGUCGCCGACCCGACCUACCUCACGCACAGCAGCGCGCACGGGGCGACACACUGGAAGUUCGAGGCGCCUGUCGAGCAUCCCGUGCAGGACUACGAGCGGCUCGAGCACGUCGGCGAUGCGCUCCUCGGCGCAGAGGUCACGCUCAUGGUCCACGAGGCGUACCCUCAGCUCGUCGUCGGCGUCCGCUCUCUGGUCAAGUCGAGCCUCGUCGAGAACGAGCUCCUCGCCCUCCUGUCGUCCGCCUACGGCCUCCCCGACCAGAUCCGCACCGCGUGGGCCCAGUCGUUCUCGCUCCGCGCCAACCCGUCGGUCCGUGCGUGCGUCUUCGAGGCCUACCUCGCCGCCGUCUACGAGGAGCACGGGCACGCCGUUAUGAGCGCGUUCGUGCGCGAGGUCUUCAAGCCCCUGCUCCCUGUCGCUGUCGAGGCCAUGCGCGAGGUCUACGUGCCGCCCUCGGCGCCGGUCGCCGUCCCCUACGGCGGCCUUGUGCGCAACCCGGUCAGCGCGCUGUACGAGUGGACGCAGCGCGGCGCCCGUCGCUCGCUGAGCUGGGGCGCGCCCGAGGGCAUUGGCCCGCCGCACUGCCGCACCUGGUCGAUCCAGCUCUGCGUCAAGGACGGCGGCGAGUCUGUUUACCACGAGGGCGUCGCCGACACGGUCAAGGCCGCCAAGCAUCUGGCAGCGAUGCUCGCAUGCGCCGAGAUGGACAUUCUCUUCUAGUUCUCCUACAGCCGAUACCCGCCGUGCCUUUCAUACCCCGCCUCGCCGACCAGUUUCCUGCAGUGUAUCUUCCUCUCUUCCUC